AUGAUAGUCGGCCUUUAUCAGAAGAAUACCAAUUUAGUGUGCAAAUCAAAGAAGAGAUACGAUGGCAAGACGGUGCUAGUGACGGGUGGGACUGCUGGCAUGGGGCUCGAGAUCGCCGCAGAUUUUGCACACAGAGGAGCCAGGGUCAUCGUAGCGUGCCCCUUCGAAGAUGAAGGCUUGCACGGCAAAAAGCUUAUCAUAAGAAGCUCUGGUAAUGAAAACGUAGUGUUCAAACUACUAGAUCUCGCUUCUUUACAAUCUAUAAGAAACUUCGCUUCCGAUAUAUUGAAAACAGAAGACAGAUUGGAUAUUUUGGUAAAUAACGCUGGUGUCGGGAUCCCCGGGGACUUCCUCACCGCUGAUGGAAUGAAUUUCAUCAUGCAAGUGAACUAUUUUGGCACUUUUCUACUGACAAUGUUACUCCUACCGCUUCUGAAGAAGACGGGCACAACGUCUGAACCGAGUAGGAUUGUAAACACAUCGUCUGUAUUGCACAAGUUUGGCAAAAUUGAUUUCAACAAUUGGAACAAGACAGGGUACUGGGCUAAAAUGAGGAUAUACGGGAACAGCAAGCUUUGUUUAGCACUAUUCACACGGGAACUAGCAAAAAGGAUGAAGAACCCAACUGUUAUAGUGAAUAUCGUGGAUCCAGGAGCAGUUGGGACGCGGAUCUUUAAUAGUUCUCGGAUCGCGUGGGCCAGUUUCGUAUCAUUUAUGGCGUUGAUCUUGUUCAAACAUCCUUGGGAAGGUGCACAAACAGCCUUAUACGCUGCUACUAGUGACAGAGCUGGUAAAUUUACAGGGGAGUACUUUAAGAACUGUCAGAGAGUUCAAGCUAGUGAGUUAAUUUAUGAUGAGAAGCUGGCUGCGAGGGUCUGGGAGGAGUCAGUGAGACUUGUGAAAUUAAGUGAUGAGGAACUAAACCAGUGCUUCAGUUCUUAG